CCAAAUUCCAUGGAUAAUAGCACCCGUCCUACCUGCACGAUGGACAAGCGAAACGAGCUGACGCCUCUCCUUCGUCUUCAGCGCCCAGUACCCUUUCUACAACCUGCAAGUGGUCAAACGGCAGCAAUCAGUACCCGCCAGACGGUAUUCGACGAAGCACGCCGCAACGGUUCGCGCACCUCUUCACCGAACUCAGGCUUCGCGGUGUCUUCACCUAGAGCCCGAAGGUAUGAAAUACCGAUAAGCCGGUCAUCUUCAGUGGACAACUGAUCUUCGAAGCGAUCGGCUCAUGCAGUGCGUUCGUUCGAGACGAUUGACGUGUUAAGUGUACGCCUAUGACCUUUGGCUUCGUUCGAG